AUGGAGCAUCUGUCAUGGGUCCGGCCGGUGGCUCGCUCGUCCUCGGAUCGUGUCUCCAGGAGCAGCAGCGUAGGAAGCAGGAUGGGGUUGCUUGGGAGCAAGAAUCAGCUGAUGCCCAAUGAAAAACACACUUCUGGAAGCAACCCAAGGAACAAGAGCAAACCUCCUCCUGCCCCACCCAAGGGCAGACAAUUUAUCAAUGUCUCUCAUCUAAACCAAGCCUCUGUACAAGAUAACCUGAUUGUGGUUGCACUGUACGAUUUCUCUGCCUCAAGUGACCGGGACCUGCAGCUGGUCAAGGGGGAGAAGCUCCAAGUCCUCUCCAACGAGGGGGACUGGUGGUUGGCCAAGUCCCUCAGCAGUGGGAGGAAAGGCUACAUCCCCAGCAACUUUGUUGCCCAAGUCGACACUCUGGAAGAGGAAAAGUGGUAUUUUAAAACUCUGAGCAGAAAAGAUGCUGAGCGGCUGCUGCUGUCCCCUGGAAACAAAGUCGGCUCUUUCCUGGUCCGAGAGAGUGAAACCAGCAAAGAUUCCUACUCCCUGUCGGUGAGAGAUGGUGAUUCUGCUCAUGGGGACAUCAUCAAACACUACAGGAUCCGCUCCUUGGACGGUGGGGGGUAUUACAUCUCCCCCAGGAUGACCUUCCCCAGCCUGCCAGAACUCAUCCAUCAUUACAGUCAGAAAGGGGAUGGCCUGUGCCAGAGGCUGACUGCUCCCUGCCAAUCCCUGGUGCCCCAGAGACCCUGGGCACAGGACGAGUGGGAGAUCCCCCGGGAGUCCCUGAAGCUUGUGAAGAAACUUGGCAGUGGGCAGUUUGGGGAAGUGUGGAUGGGCUAUUACAAGAACAACAUCAAGGUGGCUGUGAAGACCAUGAAGGAGGGCAGUAUGGAUCCUGAGGCUUUCUUGGCAGAAGCCAACUUGAUGAAGAGGCUCCAGCAUAACAAGCUAGUCCGGCUCUAUGCAGUGGUCACCAAGCAGCCAAUCUACAUUGUGACAGAGUACAUGGCCAAUGGGUGUCUGCUGGAUUACUUGAAAACAGAAGAAGGAAGCCAGCUGAAUCUCCCCAAACUCAUUGAUAUGUCUGCCCAGGUGGCAGAGGGAAUGGCAUACAUCGAGCGCAUGAACUCCAUCCACCGUGACUUGAGAGCUGCCAAUAUCCUCGUCUCAGAGACUCUCUGCUGCAAAAUUGCUGAUUUUGGCCUGGCCAGGAUCAUUGAGAAUGAGUACUUGGCACAAGAAGGUGCCAAAUUCCCCAUCAAAUGGACAGCCCCAGAGGCCAUCAACUUUGGAGUUUUCACCAUCAAGUCUGAUGUGUGGUCUUUUGGAAUCCUCCUGACAGAAAUCAUAACCUACGGCAGGAUCCCUUACCCAGGGAUGACCAACCCCGAGGUGAUUCGCAACCUGGAGCGGGGCUACCGCAUGCCCUGCCCGGACCUGUGUCCCCUCGAGCUGUACAACAUCAUCCUGAAGUGCUGGAGGAGCAAGCCCGAGGAUCGCCCCACCUUUGAGUACCUGCAGUCUGUCCUGGAGGACUUCUACACCGCCACAGAGAAGCAGUACGAGCCGGAGCCUCAGCACUGA